UAAUUGUUAUCUUUGCGCGCAACUGUACGCGCGUUUAGUCAGUUGUGAUUCGUUAUUGACAGCGGCAGGACGCGCAUAAAAACUUUUCACGCACGUUUCAUAAACGGGAAGUAAACAGUUAACGGGUAAUAACUGUUAAGGACGCAUUGUGAAAAAGUGCACGGAAAUCGAAGAAAAAUAUUUAAUUUCAACUUGAAUUCGGAAUAAAUUUUUAGUGCUGUGUUACAGAGGCCCAUUUAAAUUAAAUGCCAAUUAAAUACCAGGAAGUAUUUGAUUAAAAUAAAUUCGCAAUAAAUAUUCAUAAGCGCAACGUAGGAAGCUGUAGAGAUCGCAACAAAAUAAAUUACUAUUGUAAAUUGCAUCAGCUGUCUUAAGGAUCUAUCAACCAAAUCAAAUCAGGAUGUCACGUCGGUAUUUUGUCACAGUAGUGCUACUUCUACUCGUUCCCACAGUUUUGUCAGUGACCACGUUUUUCACUGUUACGUCACGUAAGGUAAAGCGUACAGGCAGCUAUUUAAACGUACCACCUCCACUACAACCGCAUCCUCAACUCCAAUCGCAUUCACAACCUCAACAACACCCACAACCUCAAUCACAAUCGUCACCGUCCGCUGCUGCGUCACAUCGAGUGGAACGCGAACCGUAUCCCUACGAAGACAUUAACGAUCAUGAUUAUCACUCUCAGCCAGAAAUAUCACACUAUGAAACCGAUUUCCAGCCAUCGCAAACACUUACACAUCCCGAUGUGCCUAAUCCCCCUACCGCUUCGAAAUAUCUCAACGACAAUGGUUUGCGUAGCAUUGCCAAAGGCUCAGCCGAUCAAGCCAACUCCGCGGUUGCCAGUCAAAAUGCUGCCGGCAAACAAGCCGCCUAUGUGGCGAAGAGUACGCUAGCACAGGCAGCCGCACAAGCUGCCGGCACCGCUGUGGCUGUGUUGAAAGGUAAGGAGGUACUUUUGCGACGACUCGAAGAUCAAAACGUAGACGAACACAAAAGUCUGGAAGGCGAACUGUCGCAACUGCAACAGGCGAAACGUUCCGCAAAGACGGCACAAUAUGCAGCACAACAGGCCAUUAAUCACGUCUCAGUGCUAACGGCGACGCUUAACAAUGCACAAUCUGCCGCGGAGCUAACACAGAGGGCAGCUUCUGAGGCAGCUGCCGAGUUGGCCUCACAAAUCGAUAUGGUGGCGCAGGCUAAAUCGAAGUUGGAGCAAAUAGAAUCUCAGCUCUACACGGCGCGUUUGGAUUAUGAGGAGACCAAGGAGGCGGCGGAGAAGGCCACAUCGUCGGCGCAGGAGGCGCAAAUCAACGCUAACGAUGCAGCGGUACAUGCGAACGUAGAGCUAAGCGAGGGUGUGAAUGUGGAUGCGCAUGAUAAAAGCGAUUACAAUGUGAGCACGGUGCUUGCUGUAAACGCUGGAUCAACGCAAGUAAUUGCGCAUAAGAAGAAAUGAAUAUGGUUUAAAGUUUAAGCUUUAGUUUGUAAUUUUUUGUAUACUUCAAACACUUUUAUAUCCACACACAAUCCCAUGUAACUAAUAAUAAAAUAUUAUUUAU